AUGGUUGGGAGAAAUGAUCGUGCUAUUGUUGAGGCUCUACAAGCUAUGACUCAUGUGAUGGGGCAGAGGUUUCAGGCUGCAGGUACCGUUGUGACUUGGGCUGUAUUUAAAGCUGCAUUUCUGGAGAAAUACUUUCCUGCAGAUGUCUGUAACAAAAAAGAGGUUACAUUUAUAAAUCUAAGAGAUGAGAAUAUGUCGGUCGCAGACUAUGCUGUCAAAUUUGAAGAGUUGAUCAAAUUCUUCCCAUAUUACAAUAGAUUUGAUGCUAAAGAAUCCAAAUGCAUCAAGUUUGAGAGUGGACUUCGCUCAGAGAUUAAGCAGUUUAUCGGAUAUCGGGAGAUCCCCCAAUUUCCAGUGCUAGUUAGUAAGUUACGUAUUUAUGAUGAGGACAACCGUGCAAGAUCUGCCUAUUAUAAAAGUGUCGGUAAUAAGAAUAAUGGUAACCAGAAUCACGUAAAGCCUUAUGUUAUUCCAAAUGGUAAGGGUAAACAUAAAUUCCCGCAGAAUAAUAAUAAUUGGAAGAGCGAAAGUGGGGGAAGUGUUGCUAAUCUGAUCAAGUGUUUCAAAUGUGGUGUACUUGGUCAUCGUGCAUCAGAGUGUAUUGUGAUGAUGUGUUACAAAUGUGGAAAAACUUGGCAUAAGGCUAAUGAAUGUAAAAGUGCUAGAGUGAUUUGUUAUAAUUAUGGAGAGAUUGGUCACAUUAGUAACAGUUGUUAG